GCUUUCAUUCCUCACCAAAGCGCCGAUGGCCUGCUGGUAACAGGCAGCGUUGCUUGUGGCUCCCAGAGUGCAUCACGGUGCGGAGUUCAGAAGAAGAAAGGCACUUACCUAAAGUGUUGGCAGUCCCGCGGCUCGGAGGAGGGUAAACAAAGUUUCGUGGAUGUUUGCAAAGUAAACAUUGAAAUGUGGACCGUGAAGUCAGUCGGGUGUGGCUGCUAUAAAGUUCGACUUUUUCACAGUCUGUAACGUCACGUAAAAUGCAGGUGCAAAGUUAUGUGUAUUGAACUUUAUCUCAUUCAAUGCGACUCGACUUCGGGGAGAGUGGGAGGGUUGUGGGCGGCGUGGAGGACAGCUUGUCCCUGCAGGCCUCCGUACUUCCCAUCCUGGGCGUCAAUACUGUAGUUCCUCUGCGUAGGAAACAGCUCCGCUGAAUACCGAGUGGUCGGAGGCGGCUCUUACGUAAACCAAAGCGGUAUAAAACACAAAGAUGUUGUCAGCCGGCCUGGACAACAGCGGCUCUCCCAGAAAACGGACGCUGUCUCGGGGCAUCAGCGAGGAUGAAUCUCUACGCAGCAUCAUAAAGGAGGCGGAAAACUCUUCCCGGCGUCUGACCCGGAGCGAGAGCAGAACCGGAACCCUGAAGAGAAGGAGUGACAGUCAGCACUCUAACCAGGACGCCUUCAUGGGACUUCCAGAGAUGCUGGAGCUGCAGGCCAGCUACGAGGAGGCGGUGCAGGAGCUGCGGGGGCUGGAGGUGCAGCGAGAGGCUCUGUUGUUCCAGGUGGACGUCCUGCAGGACACACUGGAAGGAGUGGAAGAGCUGCUGGCCGAGGCCCAGAGGGAGGCGGGGCAUGCCAACAUGGAGCUGGAGCGAGAGCGGCAGUCCAGAAGGAAGCUGGAGGACUUGGUCUCGGCUCUGAUGAACCAAGUGGCCAGAUUGAAGGAGGAGGUGAACUCUAAAGAGGCGGAAGCUGUCGGCCACCGUGAUGCAGCAGAUGGGUCAGUGAGGUGCCAACUGAGAGAGGACACAGAGGAGUCCCUGGGCAGGAACCGUUUGACAGGAGGCGUUGAGGACGAGGGGAACGUCCAGCCGGUGGUGCGGCGCCUGGUCGGCAAGCCCGUGGCUCACGCCCCCUCCCUGGCUCUGGACACUCUGGUCCAGGAAGACGGCGUGCUUCAGAGGCCUUACGAGCACGACUGUGGCGACGGGCCAGACCCUUCCCUGGACCAGAACGACUCGGACAGCAUAAGUGCCUAUGAGGAUGCCUCUGCCGACACCCCUGAGCUGGACCGGAUCUUCACCGGAGGGGCCCCGGAGCUGCCCCAUGACGAUGAUGCUGCAGAUGGAGCGCCGAGUGCGACAAGCAACGGCAGCACACACGACCCUAAAAACCCCGAAGCCUGCGUCGUGUCUUAACCCUCUGUCAUUCCACGGGAUCAUCCUCGACGGCCACUCCAGUCCAAUCCAGUUUGUACAUUCUGUCUUCUUCAAAUCCACUGAAUCAUCAGUUUGACAACAAACUCAGGUGGUUGAGAAAUGGCUGGUCUUGUUUGCCUUUUACUUUCGUCUUUGAGAAUAUGCGCUGGUGCACUGAAGUUCCUUGGUUCGUUGAUCUCUUUCGUUUCAUCAUCAGCCGCUGUGAGAACUUUUAUAUAAAUGAUGAGUCAGACGAUUUGCUGGCAUCGCAGCUUUAAAAGAUGGGGACUAGUUCCUGUUAUGGCAAAGGGAAGGUUCAAACGGGAAAGCUUUUCUUGUGGCAGAUCAUUUCCGUGUGUUUUAGCUCAUAUUGUUCAUGUUGUUCUUAAGGAGCGAGUGGAGGGAGCUGGGCUGCUUAUGCACUUUCUUACUUGUCACUAUAUUGUGGUGAGAUUUUGUAUUUCCCUUUAUGACCAAACCCGUCGGGGAGGCGGCGUUGAGCUGCUGCAGGCUGUUAUUCGACUGUUUGCACAUGAGCAGUGGGUCUCGCCGCAUCUCUUUUGAUGUCUCUGUUCGCUGAACACUUUGUAUUUAACUGUGGUUGAACUUUUUAAGCUUGUUUUUACACUUCCUUUAAGCUUGAGCAGAGAAACGAGUCGACAACUCUUUCUGAGGUUUGCAUGAGCACAGAGGAAUGUAUUUUUGAUUUGAUAAACUGCCAUCGAUUUGAUCUUUUGCACGCUGUGUGUUUCUCUUUCGUCUGUUUCUGAGUGAGAAGAUCUGCACGUGCAGCUUCUCAACCGUGUCUUGACUUUCUAUGUUUACGCAACAUCCAAGUCCUUAGAUGCUGUCUGUAUCGCUGGAGCGAAGCUGACGCAGCAGACUUCACAUCUAUCAGGUUGAUCACAGUCACCUCUUUUGAUUCCUUGUUGAUUUUAUCAAAUGAGAAUGAUUCCCUGGUCACAGAUCUCCAUGUGACACUGCUGUGGGUCCUGUUUUUCUUACCAAAACCAUUCUGUUUAUCAUGUUUCUAAGGGUCAGUAUCUGCUGUCUUGAUCUGUAAGAUAAAUUACACUUGAUCGACGACAUAUCAAAAUAAAAAUGAUUUAAUAAUUUUU